AUGAAGUGCGUCAGUUGUAGUGUGGAUUUCAACGACGGUGUCCAAUGUUCGUCAUGUGGGGGGCACUUGGACUUUGCAUGUGCCAAUAUUACCGAAGUUGGCUGGAGGAAACUCGGUAAUGACAGAAGAGCCGCUUGGAAGUGCCCAAGGUGUCGAAUUGCCUCACCGGCCCGUACACCUAUCCUAUCACCGAUUCCGACACCUGAACCUGCAUCACUCGAGACUAUCUUGAGUGAGAUUCGGGAGCUUAAGAUGCAGUUGGCUGGCCUUCCCAUUUUGUCCGAGGAUGUGAAAUUGAUGAGAGAGGAGCUGAAGGAUCUCAAAACAAGUCGUGAAUUCGAUGGAUGUAGGUUGGAUGAAUUCUCGGCAAAGCUUGCAGGGAUUGAGUCCAGAGUUGUUAAACUAGAAAACCUAGAGGAAUCUUUGCUCUCGCUACAGACAGAUGUCGACACCAUCAAGUCAGAAUCGGCAAUGAGUGAUCAAAGAUCAAGGCUAAAUAAUGUCGAGAUCAAAGGCAUUCCGCAGAGGAAGGAUGAAAACCUCUUUACUAUCCUGGAUAGGAUCGGUCAGAGAGUUAACUUUCCAGUGCUUCAAAACCAAAUUAAUUUUAUAACCAGAAUUCCGGUUUUUGGUGGAAAGGAUAAGCCGAUUAUUGUUAGCUUCCUGAACCGCUACAUCAAGGAGGAUUUCAUUGCGGCUGCUCGCUUACUAAAGGGCCUGUCUGGGUCCGAUCUGGGAUUUGUUGGUGUUACUAAUCGUGUUUAUAUUAAUGACCAUCUUAAUUCCAACUCAAAGAAGCUAUUAAACAGAACCCGAUUAAUGGCGAAGGAGAAGGAAUAUAGACACGUUUGGGUCAAGCACGCUAAGAUACAUGUUCGGAAACACGAUGGUUCUGCUGUUCUUAUCAUAGCUAGUGAUGGCGAUUUAAACAGACUAAAAUAG